UAAACACUCGUCUCGUACAUCUUUCACCGAUAAAUUUUAACCAAUUUAACAAAUAUUCUUUCAAGUAGCAUGUUUUGAUUUUUUUCUGGUAGGUCAUUGUAUAGAUUGGUUGUAUUAACUUUGACUUUGGCAUAUAUAUAGGUAGUUGGCUGUAUUAAAGAUAUUUAAAUGGUUAUUUCCAGCAUAUCUUUGCUUAUGUACUUGAAUUGCUUGGAAUUAUAUGAAAAAAGAACAGUGAUUAAACGUGUUAAUAGCCUUGUACUACAAACUAUGCUUGCUGGCUGGUUUUGCAAUCUAAUGGGCCGUAUUUUACUUCCGAGAAAGUGUGGAUGGGAUGGGGUCAAAAAGGACAGGCUAUACAUCUUGAUAACAUACUCUUGCAAAACUUCUAAUUCUUUUAUCAUAACCUUUGACCUAUGACCCUCAUGUUGUGCACAGAUACAGAUGAUGUGGAUGAAUUAAUGCAUAAUACACAUUUUUGUGGAUACAAAAGUGGGUUACUUAUUUUUAAGCACGCAAUAUACAAAUUACAGGCACAACUUUAAACUUAAAAAAGCUAACAUAGGCAGACAAGGUUAAGUUACUGUCAGCUAGCCAACCUAGAUACUUAGAAACAUUUCAUCAUCAUAAUCAACUGCUUCCAGCCCAUGGCCAGUGGUGGAACCAGCUGUCCAGGUUCCAGCGCAGCAUGUUGUACCUCGUGCUCUUCGCGGCGUGCCUGGGCGCGGUGUACUUCCUGCACCCGGGCCGGCCUGACGGCUCCCUCGACGAGCCGCGGGAGCCGCUCCAGCUGACCACUCUCGUCGACAAGGAGGGGGCCGACACGGCGUUGAAGGAACAUGCCCAGGGUGGCAAGCCCUUCAUCGAGAAGCCCAUCCAGCCCGUGUUCCCUGUUGCGGACGGCGACGGCAACCAGAACCAGGUGGGAUCCCCGCCUAGGGGGGCAGUCAAGUUCUCUGGGCCGACGAACGACCGCCAGAAGGCGGUUGUGGCAGCGUUCAAGCACGCGUGGCGCGGCUACAAGAAGUUCGCCUGGGGCCACGACCACCUGCGGCCGAUCACGGCCAGCUACCACAACUGGUUCUCCCUCGGCCUCACCAUCGUGGACGCUCUGGACACCAGUUACAUCAUGGGGCUCAGUGAAGAGUUCUCAGAAGCCAAAGACUGGGUGGAGAAAAGUCUUCAUUUUGAUGUGAGCAAAGAUGUCAACUUAUUUGAAGUGACUAUCCGAGUCCUGGGCAGUUUGCUAAGCACAUAUCACUUGACUGCGGACAAGAUGUUUUUGGACAAAGCGGUGGACCUGGGCACCCGCCUGCUGCCCUGCUUCCAGUCGGAGUCGGGGGUGCCGUUCUCGGACGUGAACCUGGCCACCCGCAAGGCCCACUCGCCCAAGUGGAGCCCCGACAGCAGCACCUCCGAGGUCACCACCAUCCAGCUCGAGUUCCGAGACCUCAGCCGCUGCACCGGCGAUCCCAGGUUCGAGGACUCUGUCUCCAAGGUCUCCCUACACGUGCACAACCUGCCCAAGACGGAAGGGCUGGUGCCGAUAUUCAUCAACGCCAACACGGGCCAGUUCCGCAUGUACUCGACCAUCACGUUGGGCGCGCGGGGCGACAGCUACUACGAGUACCUGCUGAAGCAGUGGCUGCAGACCGGCCGCACUGUCGACUAUUUCAGGGAUGACUACCUGGAAGCAAUAGCUGGGGUUCAGAAGCUGCUGGUCAGAAGAACCAACCCCAACAAGUACUUAUUCGUCGGAGAGCUUCUAGCUGGUGGACGGGACUUCAAACCCAAAAUGGACCACCUGACGUGCUACCUGCCGGGCACGCUCGCGCUCGGGGUGCACAGCGGCCUGCCCAAGAGCCACAUGCGGCUGGCAGAGGAGCUGCUGUUCACCUGCUACCAGACGUACGCCCAGCAGCCGACCUUCCUGGCCCCGGAGAUCACCUACUUCAAUAUACAGGAAGGUGCGAAGACUGACUUCUACGUGAAGACAAACGAUGCCCACAACCUAUUGAGGCCAGAGUUCGUAGAAAGCCUGUGGUACAUGUAUCAGUUGACGGGCAACCGCACGUAUCAGCAAUGGGGCUGGAACAUAUUUCAGGCUUUUGAGAAGUACGCAAAGGUCACGAACGGCUACACGUCGCUGGGAAACGUGCGAAACACCCUCAACACGAGGCCACGCGACAUGAUGGAGUCGUUCUUCCUGGGCGAGACGCUCAAGUACCUGUACUUGCUGUUCAGCGACGAUCGCCACCUCAUCAGCCUUGACGAUUACGUCGUCAACUCGGAGGCACACCUGAUGCCCAUUUACGACACGUGAUGAAUGCACUGGACUUUGUUCGCCGGAGUGUUCCUCUAACCUACCAUUGUGCCACACUUGCGCAUGGCGAGUUCACCACGCAUUCACAACGGCAGUUGUUGGACUUGUUCGUUUUAUUGCAAGGGAGCAUCAAAACACGUUGUUAAAUUCGUGGCUGAUGAUGUGUGGUCAGUAUUACUGUUAUACUACAUGUCUUACAAUUACCAUUGAAAUAUACUUCUUGGAUUUGAAAUGCCCUUGGGCCUAAAGUCGUUUUGUAAUUUUUGAUGCACUACUGUAUAUACUGUUGGAUUUAGUAGUGCAUUAAGCAGGAGAAGUUUUCAAAUGAUCCUUUUUGACGAUUAUUUGAUUUGCAUACAGUUUUGGUAUGGAAUGUGGUAAACCAUAAAAAUAUAACCAAAGAAUACAAUUACUUGCUGACUGUGUUUUAGCAAAGUGUGAGACAAUAAUGAUAAAUAGCAUUUGCUCUGUCUUUAUUUGAAGCUAGUAAGAUGUACUAAAUUGAACUAUGUAUUUUCAUGGUGCCAAUAGAGUUGUAUGCAGGAAAAUGUAGUGUGACCAUGUCAACAUUGUGUUGUGAGAUUUGUAUGUAAAAAAAGAAAAA